AUGGCUCCUCCGCGCCCCUCCUACGCCAUCGACGACGGGGAACUCUCCAUCUCCCUGAGCUCCUCCCAGAUCCGACGAGGCAGCCGCAUCAAUGUCAGCAGCCCUCAAAAGACUCCAGACAACCCGAAUCCCGCCCACGCCCAAGCCCACAACCACCACCACCACCACCACCACCACCACCACCACUACGACCACGCCCACGCCCUCGACGCCCCGGACGCCCCGGACCCCUCCUCCAACAUGGCCUCCGCGUCUGUGCCGACCGCCUCGGCCACUGCGGGGCCAAUCCCCGAUAAGGUCCGGACAGACCAGCGCAUCGGCCAGUACAACAUCGUCAAGACCCUCGGCGAGGGCUCCUUCGGCAAGGUCAAGCUGGCCGUGCACCGCAGCACCGGCCAGCAGGUCGCCCUCAAGAUUAUCUCCCGCAAGAAGCUCAUCAGCCGCGACAUGGCCGGCCGCGUCGAGCGCGAGAUCGAGUACCUUCAGCUACUGCGACACCCGCACAUCAUCAAGCUCUAUACUGUGAUCAAGACCUCCAACGAGAUCAUCAUGGUCCUCGAGUAUGCCGGCGGAGAACUGUUCGACUACAUCGUGCAACACGGCCGUAUGGAGGAAGAUGAGGCACGGCGUUUCUUCCAGCAGAUGCUCUGCGCCGUCGAGUACUGCCACAGGCACAAGAUCGUGCACCGAGACCUCAAGCCCGAGAACCUGCUAUUGGACGACCAACUGAACGUCAAGAUCGCGGACUUUGGUCUCAGCAAUAUCAUGACAGACGGCAACUUUCUCAAGACAAGCUGCGGCAGCCCGAACUACGCCGCGCCAGAAGUCAUCGGAGGCAAGCUCUACGCCGGCCCAGAGGUCGACGUGUGGAGCUGUGGUGUUAUCCUAUACGUGCUGCUGGUUGGUAGGCUGCCCUUCGACGAUGAGCAUAUACCCAGCCUCUUCGCAAAGAUCGCACGAGGGACGUAUGCGGUACCUAAGUGGAUGAGUCCUGGCGCUGCCAACAUGAUCAACCGGAUGCUUCAGGUCAAUCCAGUACAGCGUGCAACUAUCCCAGAAAUCCGACAGGAUCCUUGGUUCAUGAAGAACCUGCCCGAGUACCUGGCACCGCCAGUCGAGCCGUUCUACAAUACCGGUAUCGAUCCCGACAAGGCCAUCAAGCCCUCAGACAUCGCCCCGAACGCCCCUACCAAGGUGCAAGAAAAGCUCCACAACGAAGUGACGGAGAAGAUCUCCAAAACGAUGGGUUACGGCAAGAAGGAUGUACAGGAAGCGCUCGAGGCUGCUGAGCCGUCUGCUAUCAAGGACGCGUACAUGAUUGUACGCGAAAAUAAGCUGAUGCAGGUUAAUCCCUUGCUUGGAGAAAAUAACCCUUAUUUCCCCUCAUCGCCGCCCAGUGUUAAUGAGGUCUCUUCAGGCAUCGAGUCGCUGAGCACGGAAAUGGACCGUGGUGCAAGCCCCCUUGCAAGCUCUGCGCGGUCCAUCACAUCCAAUAGCACCUCCGCCUCACCACGCCCGUACGUGUCCAAGGUCGGCAUCCUGCCGAGCAGUCUCACUGCGUAUCACAAAGAUUAUAUGGAGCGGGAAAAGGCCGGCUUCGAGGACCCACCAGCCCCUCCUGCUUUACCGGAGCCUGGACAUCCUCGGUCUGAAGAUGAGCGCCAAGAGACUCUACGUCGACUCAAGCCUCAUGCUCGCAGCGCAGAUUCGGCCAAGAGACCGCAGGGUAUGACACCUGUGAAUCCCCCGAAGAAGCCCAAGGCGACCAGAUGGCAGUUCGGCAUUCGUUCGCGUAACGCGCCGUGGGAGGCUCUAGGCGUCAUCUACAAAUCAUUAUCCAAACUGGGCUGCAGCUGGGUCCCAGAUGAGGAUUACGAAAAAGUGCACAGUCCAGAGGACGACCAAAACGGCGGGGAACGCUCUCACCGUCGCUCGGCGAGCAGCCGAUCGACCGACCCUACCAAAAUCUACAAGCUUCCAGCUGACCCUUGGCACCUCCAGGUGCGAUGGGAGACAGAGAAGCUGCGCAAGGGCCCGCACCUACCCGAGGACAUCGUGCAGGACCCUGCUGUCGUGAAGAACGGCGACGACGAAUACCAGGUUGUGGCAAUGCGCUUGGACAUUCAAAUCUACGAGAUGGCAGAGCCAGGCUCGUAUCUCGUUGAUUUCAAAUGUGACGGUUACGAGACGCCUGAUGGUAAGAUCCUGGAGGAGAAGCAGGUCACAAGCCCGUUCCCCUUCCUGGACCUGGCGGCCAGAUUGAUCAUGCAGCUGGCGGAUGCGGAAUGA